UAUAAUAGGUUAAAUACAUAACGACCGUGUAUGAGUAGUUCAAAUACAUAAGUAUAAGUAAAGUCGAUCACGUUUUACAUCUCACCUUUUUCUUAUCAAUUUUAUUUGCCAACAGUUUCCGUUUCAGAUUGCGAACACGGGCUGCUCAUAAAAUUCAAAGAGCAAGGGAGAGGUCAAUCUAUUUCGUGUCAGUAAUAACCAUACAGUGUGAACAAAAUAAAUGUAUUAGUUAUGUUGUACAUAUUUCUAUCUGGACUUAUACUGUGUUUAGUAAGCACUCCUCAACCUGGGUUACUCCAAGUCGCCAUCAAUGAAGUUCCAGCGGAGACUGACGACGACAGAUUGAAUCAGGCUUUACUUUUAGUAGAUAUCCUAAAAUCAGAGUAUAUCAAACUGCUGCGAGAGCGGUCCGGAGGCGUGGGCGCCGCGGACGCCGUCACGGUGGAGCAGUCCACCUGCGCCACCACUGCGGCCGAGGGCGACGGCUCCACCGGCGGCGCUGGCGCAUUGCUUAACUCUACAGACAAACCAAAAACAGAAAUUACCAUUUCAAGUCCUAGGUCACUGGCCGAGAUACCGAGGGGACACCCGAACUACCCUACCUUGGUGUACACCGGCGCGCCCUCUGACGCGUGGGGCUGGCCGGUGCCAGGCACACCGGUUCCUCACAGGCGCUUCUAUGGAAUGAUGCCAGAGCCAGUACCACCUAUGUAUCCGAAUAUGCUCCCAUAUGGACGCCGAUUUUUUCAUCGUAACUUCCCGGAUUACUCAUAUUAUUAUGGACCUUAUAGAAGAAGCAAUAAUUAUAAUGAUAACCGUGAAGAAACGGCUACAGAAAUGAAAACAAGUACUGUUAGUAAGAAAACAGCCACUUCAACUAGGAAAGCUCCGAGGAAAACCAGCCAACUAUUCGCUGGUCGUCGACGUUCUAAUGCGCCACUGCGGAGAAGGAACUACCAUAAUCCACGCAGGGCAGACAACACAACACUCAUCGAAAAUUUGAAAAAUAUUACUCAAGGCCAUGCAAAUACAAGCUCAGAAACAAACAACACAACACUCAUCGAAAAUUUGAAAAAUAUUACUCAAGGCCAUGCAAAUACAAGCUCAGAAACAAACAACACAACACUCACGGCAGACAACACAACACUCAUCGAAAAUUUGAAAAAUAUUACUCAAGGCCGUGCAAAUGCAAGCUCAGAAACAAAUCCACUAGAUAAGGAAAAUAGUACAAUCGCAAAAACAACUACAACUACAACUAGUAGUACAAAAGCAAAUAGCACACAAACGAGCCACAAAACUAAAUCAAACAAAAUCAAACCGAAAGCUUCAACUCCGGUGACUAUAGACAAAUGGCCGGCUUUCCUAUUUAAAUCGACUUUACGGAUAUUUUUAGAAAGAAGCACUCCCUUGCCCAUACCCCUUCCAGAAAACAAUGCAUUUUGCUUUACAAAUCCCAGAAAUGCACUGUGUCGAUCUCCUUAACAUAUUGUUUUAAUUUAGAAUUACUUAUAAUUAUUAACAAAAAUGUUUUGUGAACAAGGGGCAUCCUUAAUUACUUAUUAGUCUUAUUACGUAUCUUGUAAAUAGCGAAAUAGUACAUUACAAGUGCGAAAAAAAGGGAAGUUCGAACUGAGUGGCUAUAAAUUAAAACACGACCGAAGGGAGGGAGGAUGUAUCGUACCGA